AUGCCCAAGUCAAAACUUUUGCGAGAACUGAAGCUUGUGGUCGUCGGUGGGGGCGGUGUCGGAAAGUCUGCUCUCACCAUCCAAUUCAGUCAGAACCACUUUGUGGAUGAAUAUGAUCCCACCAUCGAAGAUUCAUAUCGCAAGCAGUGCAUGAUUGAUAACGAAAUGGUGCUCCUCGACGUGCUGGACACGGCAGGCCAGGAAGAGUAUUCUGCGAUGCGCGAACAAUACAUGCGUUCUGGCGAGGGUUUCUUGCUCGUUUACAGUAUCACAAGUCGAAGUUCCUUUGCAGAAAUGGCUACUUUUCACCAGCAAGUUUUGCGCGUGAAGGACAUGGACUAUUUCCCUAUGGUCAUGGUCGCCAACAAGUGCGACCUCGAGAAGGAACGACAGGUAAGCACCAUGGAAGGCUACGCCAUGGCAAAAAAGAUUGGUUGUCCUUUUGUCGAGACAUCGGCGAAGCAAAGAAUCAACGUUGAUGAGGCGUUCAAUGACCUUGUUCGCGAAAUCCGGAGGUUUAUGCGGAACCAACCCUCUCUCUACAAUGUUGCUCCCUCAAGUGCUACUCCUGGUGAGAAGGGUACUUCUGCACAUUUCAGCCAAGAUGGUGAAAAGAAAGGCUGUAAAGGAUGUGUCAUCAUUUAA